AUGGUAACCUUGAAAGCUUUAGUGAACCAAGGAUCGCAGUCUACAUUUUUAAGAGAAGAAGCAGCCCAGAUACUUCAAAUCCCUAGAGAAAAAACCAAUAUGGAGUUGCAUGGACUUGGAGACAAUUUGGUGGGAAUUGCAAAAACCAAAGUUAUUAUCGAAAUCCAGCCAAGGUUCCCCGGCAGCUUUUCGUUCGAAGUCGAAUCGCUUGUUUUACCAGCUCUUGCAUCUGUUCAUUUGGAUUCUUCCUUCGUCCACAAUAAGCACGUAUGGAAAAACUUUGAAUUGGCUGAUCCCAACUAUUACAAGAAUGAAAGGAUAGACAUGGUGCUUGGCGGCGAUGUGUAUGUCGAGAUACUCAAAAAUGGCAUACAUAAAAAGAAUGGAAUGUUGGGGCAAAAUAGGAAGGUGGGGUUGAUGUUAUCUGGUCCGUUAACUGUUCAAGCACCAGUAGCGAAGACGGGUGUCAAUGUCACUACAGAGAUAGAAAGGUUUUGGAAGGCUGAAGAGUUGGAUAUUGACAUGGUUGCAAACGAUGAGGAUAAAUGUUUGGAAAUGUAUGCUGCUACAACGAAAAGAAAUGCUGCCGGGCGUUUUAUAGUGCAAAUCCCAUUUAAAGAAGACAAAGCACUGGGAGGAUCAUAUAAACAGGCAGCAGCGAGACUCAUUAGCCUUGAAAAAAGGUUGAGCAAGGAUAGUGCCAUGAAAAAUGAAUAUGCAAGGAUUAUGGAAGAAUAUAUCACACUAGGGCACAUGAAGCAGGUAAAGCAGAUUCACAGCGGUAAAUAUUAUUUACCACAUCAAGCUGUUAUUCGAGAGGAUAGUUUGACUACAAAAGUCAGAGUAGUAUUCGACGCAUCCGCUGUGACAACUAAUGGUCGAAGUCUAAAUGAUGUCAUGUACGUGGGCCACGAUUGCAGAGGGACGUUUUCGACAUCCUAG